AUGGCGACUGUUCAAUCUCUGGGCCUGCAUCAACCGGCAGGGCUCAGGCAUGCCAUUGACGAACAGCUGCUUCCCAAGGACCCGCCUGCUUCAUCUUACGCCUGGGAUAUCUUCAUUGAUGACAGAGAUGGAGCGCAGAUAGAGGACGAGCUGCUCACGACUGAGACGUGUGUUGUGUGGUCUCGUGGAGGACUCUUCCGCAAAACAUUCAAAUUCGACCUUGAAAAAGAGGCCAUCACGCAAGCUCUUCUCACAUAUUUUCCGGUUUCUGGGGAUGGGAGCAGUGGUCGCAACUCCUCCGGUGCUGGGGAUCGCCAUCCCAUGGCCCUAGAAAAGGGUCUGGUGGUCUUUCUCAAAACCCAGGCUCACAUCUACAUGCUGUCAGGGACAAGCCACGUAGUCCACAUGCCGUUCGAAGUCGAAUCAGCAUGUGCUGCCCCUGUUGGAGUUCUUAUCCAGACAAAGCAAAAGGCGGAAAAUCUGGCGCCAAUUUCCCUAAAGUUUCCUCGAGUCCCGCCCAACUCCUUUGUUUCGUCUCAGUUGACUGCAUUGCAGGGCUCCCAACAAACCGCUUUCUCCAUGGAGAGUCUUGGCAACCCAAGGUCGCUGCCAGUGGGAUUGAAUAUGACACUGGAAAACAUGUGGGAUGCGCCAUUGGAACAACCCGAACCCCAUUGGCCUCGACUCGUAGCCCUCACUGAUCCAAUGUUGGAUAUUGGGCUUGUGGUAACAGAUUCCGAAAACCCAACUUCGACAAGAAGAGGUAGAAAUAAAUCUUCAAAGAAACAUGGCUUCCUUGAUCCUUGCGAGGAGCUGCUCCAUAUUGAGAAAGUUGUCAUCCCUGGCACUUCCCCCAAGCAUCCAUACGAGUCUUUAAUAUUGGGAGUCACUAUCAAUCGUGAGGCUAAUGCCUAUACGAUCUGGAGACUGGCCUAUCUGGAUCACCAAGACCACUUUAUAAAACGUCACAAAUCUUCUGGCACAAGAGCGUCACGACGACGGAGCUCUAUGCAGCCAGGCUUCGCCAGUGGUACAUCGACCCCUGUGCAAGCAAAUCAUCGAGAUAGCUUUGGAGCACCGCUUCCCGGGAAACGGCCACGGAAGAGCGAAAAGGUUGAAAAACCAUUGGAUUUGGUAUCAUCGCUAGAGAGGCAGGAUAUGGAUAGCUUUGGAGUAGGGCGGAGGAGCUCACGUAGGCUGAGUUCAAUGCUGGCCCGCGCAGACCUCUCGGCCUCUUACGACAGGAUCAUAUUCCCUGACCAGUCUUCGAUUCUGGGGAGCGCCUCUUCAAAACGACAUGACUCUCUUGGUCACCAUGGCCGCUCUAGUGCCUCUUUUAUUCACCAGGGCCAUCAUAGCCUUAGCAGUUUGCUGGAAGCUCCGCUGGAUGGUGGCUUGGAGGAUCGUGUUCACAACAUACGGCUUGAUGAUCGCGAAUUCGAUGGGCUGCAACACGAAAUGCUCUUCAGCAAAAUCCACAUCAUCCCGAUAGAUAGUUCAACCGUUCAUUAUUCAGCAUCUAGCGGCGCAGCUCGAAACCAGCCCAAAGUUUUCAUCCUUGCGGCUCCUCCGUUUGCUACGAAUGACUGCCAAGCGGGCCAGUUGCUUAUCGGGAUUCAAGAGACUGUAGAGAAACGCCUUCAAAUGGUAACCUUCCCUCUCAAACUGCAGCAAAAGCCUGACGCUACGGUAAACCCUGAGAGAGGGGAGUCGCCGCACACCAUUAUCACUAUUUUGCCGGGUGAUUUCAAGAGGGCGCAGAAUGUCGUUGAUUCAUGCAAAAUUGUGGAUGGAAAUCAAUCCGCCAUUCUUGUUCUAUCCGAAUCUAUGGAUGGCCGACAUGAGCUGAGCGCUCAGGCGCCAUGGAGCGACAUGACCAAGCUCUCAAUUUCUCUCCUUUUUGUCGAUGAUACAAAAAGUUUACAGUUCCGCGGGAGGGCAGUUGACAGAGAUAUAAGGCAACGAAAGAGCGAAAUUAUAGAUCUCACCAAUGGCAGCAUUGUCGGCGUUUGCCACCCUAGACAUCGCGGAAUUGUUGACGUUGUUGACACCCAAGGGCGCUUGCAUCAGUUGAAAAUCCAGCUGCGGCCAUCUAGCAGUCCCGUGUCUGAUAUUCUCAAUGUCUGCAGAAGCGUCUUAGCAGAUUCACUAGGAGAGCGGAUCCAUACUGGAUGGCUUCACACCAUGCAGUGGCUCUAUAGCCAAGGCAAAGCCGAUACCAAUGUAGAAUGGUCUGCGUUGACUACCUUGCUCCUGGCAUUAUUCCUCAAUUUAGACCGGCAAGAACUCCGAAAUCCGCCUUCAGAGAGGCUCCCGGUUCGGAAGCGGAGGAUUCCUUCUGGCUCUUACGCAUCCAUUCGAGAUUCCGAUGAUUGGAAAGCUCUAGAAAAGGGGGAGACUGCAAAUUCUCUCGGCUGUCCGUCAUGGAUGAUUAAUCGCGGAUGGCAAUGGGUACUAGAAGAUGAUGUGGAAGAAGCCUCAUCUCAAAGCGGUGCUCAAGGUCUUGGCGCCAAAUUCAUUUCCAGGCAUGUUGCUCUUGCCAAAGAGUAUAUGAGCUCAACAGUCGGGAUAACUGCUUUGGGCCCUUCUGGAUACCUCCCAACUUCCCUUGGCAGGAACUCUGAAUACAAGCGCAGAGUCGCAGUGGAUAUCUUCAUGGCUUUGCACUUGUUAUCAGAAGAACAGAAGCUCAAUAUUAUGUCUGCUGAGUACCAAACCUCUGGCCGGGCUGAUUUCCGAGUCAUCUUGUGUCAGAUUGCAAGAUGGCUGAAAUGGGACACAUUUUCAUCUUUUUACGAGCUAGGAAUACAAGAGGACAUUGAUCCACGUCAUGACCACGAACUUCGCUUGAAAUCUCCAAUUCCUGAACCGCCAGACAGGCCAGAUAUACUAGAAUGGAUUCAAUCCUGCUUUGUAGGACUUCGCGGCCAACACUAUGUCACUCCAGCAGAUAUAUUCUAUGCUGCAACGCAGUUAUCUGAGCCAGACAAUAUAAUUGACAACCGCUGGGACUCCAUCCUUCCCCGAACCUUGAUAUUCAAGCGUUUCUUCAGUCUUGUAAAACCCAAUGCCACAGCAGGGCAAAUGGUCGAAGCGAUGAAAGACUGCGGUCUGACGGGCCAUGUCCUCGGAACUCUCCCAGAAGCUAUACUAAUACCUCUUCAAGAUGCCAUAGCGCUCUGUCAACCACACCCUCCCUCUUCGUGGUCGGAUGAGAUGUUAGAGUUGGUAAAGAGAACCGAUAUUAGUCUGAUUCUCACAUCCACUAAACGCCCUCGCCCGGCCAUGUCGAAUAUCUUGAUACCCACACAUACUGCAAGCUGGGAAUACAAGUUGCUCUGCGAAAGCGUCGAGCAAACUAAUAGUCAAGGCUACGAUGAAGGCGAAGGAACUGAACGCCAAUCAGUUAUCCGAGCGCUUUUCAAGGAUGAUCGCCGCCUUCAAGAAGCCCGAGACUUGCUUGCUACUCACAAACCAAGGAUUGUGAGUCUAGCCCAAGACCCAGGCUUGCCUGACCAUGAGUAUCUGGAAAAGCAAAAAGAGCUGGUUUCCCGGAUCGCCACUGGAACUCUGGCUAUUCCAGCAGGAAGAGGAUUACUCUACUUUAGCCUACGCUUUCCUCUCAUCACUCAAAAAUUCCAUAUUGGUGGUUUCAACCUGAACUGCGUUGUAAAGCCAAACAAUGUCACUGUAGGUGUGGACAAGGCGCUAUUCACAGAAGAGAAGGUAUGCUGGGGAUUUUUCCAUCAAGGUGUUGCAGCAGGGUUGGCAAUUUCUCCACAAGCAAAGGGCAUUGACACUUCGUGGAUCUUGUACAACAAGCCGGGACAAGAUCUCAGCAAUCGCCACGCUGGGUUCCUUUUAGCCUUGGGGCUGAAUGGGCACCUCAAAGAUGUCGCAAAGUGGGUGGCUUUCAAGUACCUGACGCCAAAGCAUACCAUGACCUCCAUUGGCCUGUUGCUAGGCCUCGCCGCGUCGUACAUGGGCACCAUGGACUCUCUCAUAACCCGUCUACUGUCUGUACAUGCCACACGUAUGCUUCCACGCGGGGCUGCGGAACUUAAUCUUUCGCCUCUCACCCAAACGUCUGGCAUCAUGGGAAUUGGUCUCUUGUAUUGUGGCAGCCAGCAUCGACGCAUGAGCGAGAUAAUGCUCUCCGAGAUUGAGCACGUCGAGGAUGAGGAUGAAGAGGAGCCGCUGAGGAGUGAAUGCUACCGUCUUGCGGCCGGCUUUGCUCUUGGUUUCAUCAACCUUGGCAAGGGAAAUGACCUCAGGGGCUUACAAGAUAUGCGACUCACCGAGAAACUCAUCACGCACGCCACUGCGACUAAAAACGUCGAGAUUGUACAUGUCUUGGAUCGAGCCUCAGCUGGCGCAGUUAUGGCCAUUGCACUCAUUUUCAUGAAGUCAGAGGAUCAGAUUGUAGCACGCAAGAUUGAUGUUCCCGACUCGGUACUUCAAUUUGACUACGUCCGCCCCGACAUUCUCCUCCUCCGAACUAUGACGAGAAAUCUUAUUCUUUGGUCCCAGAUUGAACCAACAUUUAGUUGGAUUCAAAAGAAUCUUCCCGCUGCUUACCGCUCACGCCAUAAAUUAAGCAAUACAUCCAAGCUAAGAUCCUCUGACUUGCCCUUUUUCAGCAUUCUGACGGGUCUCUGCUUUUCUAUUUCUCUGCGUUUCGCUGGAAGUGCCUCUCCCAAAGUGCGAGACUUACUAUUGCAUUAUUUGGAUCAGUUUAUGCGCAUCACUGGACUUCCAGCAACUCCGAGAAUGCAUCCAGACGCAGCUCCGCUAUAUGACGAAGAGCUGGCCAGGACAAACGCCCGAAUGUGCCAAGAUAUCCUUGCAGUCUCUUGCUCUAUCGUCAUGGCUGGCACAGGCGACAUUGCUGUUCUCCGUCGACUUCGAGCUUUGCAUGGCAGAGAUGACCCCGAUACGCCAUAUGGUUCGCACCUUGCUGCUCAUCUUGCCAUUGGAGCAUUAUUCCUCGGCUGUGGAACAACUACCUUUGGAUCAAGCAAUAAAGCAAUAGCAGCCUUAUUGGUGGCCUUUUACCCGAUUUUCCCGGUUAAUGUUAUGGACAAUCGAUCGCAUCUUCAGGCAUUUAGACAUUUCUGGGUCCUUGCAGCUGAGCAACGUUGUCUUGUUGCCAAAGAUGCCGUCACGGGACAGCCCGUAUCCGUGCCUGUGCAUAUUAGAAUGCGAGGCAGCUCUUCCAUAGAGUCAGUGCUGCACAGAACCACUCCAUGCCUGCUCCCUCCUCUCGAUCAAAUAUCCAGCGUAACCACAGCCGGUGGGCCGCAAUUCUGGGACGUCGAGCUCGACUUCUCCAAUGACGAGCUCAGAGAAUCAUUUGCGCAGACGCAGACACUCUAUCUUCGCAGGAGACCGCCGCGCGAAGGCACAUUCGCUUCCACGUUGAGGGCACUCGGCGAAGAUGGAAAAGGCGAUAACCCGCUGGGAUGGGUGCUCAACUUGAGUGCUUUGCAGGACUUGAGCUAUGCUGAGAAAGCCGCCCUGCUAGAUACAGGUGAUGAAGAACAGGGUUCAAUUGGAACCGCCGUCGACGCGAGGCUUGAAAUGGAGCGAGGUAUCAUGGAGGGCGGUGAUAGAGAGCGCCUUGAAGGUGCAAGACUGCUGUUUGAAUGGGGCGAUGCUCGAGAUAAUCUCCGCCAGGCCUCAUCAGCAGCAGCCGCUAUAUCGGAUAGUCAGAGUACCAUCAAGCCGGCUACGCCUCAUCAUGGGUCGAGAGAUGGUGCUACUCCAGAACAGGAAGAAAAGGAGGAUGAAAAAGCCGAGGGCAUUUGGUGGAUGAGAGAUAGUGCCAUUGAGGCUCUCAAGGGAAAAGUGUGGAUGGCGGCCCGACAGCAUGAGCAGUAA